UAGUAGCCGGGCCAUUACUCAGCACAACCGGCCUCGUUUCUUUUUGUCAUCUUGUGAAAAAUCCUCCAGUUUUCAAUUUAAUAGUUUGUGGAACUUUUCGCAAAGAAGCAGUCAUGUCUAUCAUGGAAUACAAUGGCGCUGCCAUUAUUGCAAUGGUUGGCAAGAACUGUGUAGCUAUAGCGGCCGACCGCCGUCUUGGAAUCCAAGCUCAAACCGUAUCAUGCGAUUUCCAAAAGAUCUUUCAGAUGGGUGAAAAGCUUUUCGUUGGAUUGCCGGGCUUAGCAACUGAUGUCCAAACCAUCUCAAGCCGUUUGAAAUUCAGGCUCAACUUAUACGAGCUAAGAGAAGGCCGUCCCAUCAAGCCUAAGACCUUCUUGAGUAUGGUAUCGAAUCUCCUGUAUGAGCGAAGGUUCGGCCCUUACUUCGUGGAGCCGGUCAUCGCUGGUCUAGAUCCCAAGACAAACGAGCCCUUUAUUUCUUCGAUGGAUCUUAUUGGAUGUCCAAUGGAAACCAAAGAUUUCGUCGUAAGUGGUACUUGCUCAGAGCAGAUGUACGGAAUGUGUGAAUCGCUAUGGGUUCCAGACCUAGAGCCGGAUGAUUUGUUUGAGACUAUUUCUCAAGCACUUCUGAAUGCAGUCGACAGAGAUGCUGUCAGCGGAUGGGGUGCCGUGGUUCAUGUCAUUGAACCGGAUAAGGUCACAACAAGAACUCUGAAGGCCAGAAUGGACUAACACGAAACACUUCAGUGCUUUGUCUUCAGAGUUUGCUUUCUUUUUUCUUAUUCCAUCAGAUGUUUGCUUGCCCUCACAUGUGUCUAAAUGGUGAAAAGACUUCAUCUAAAACUAGGGUUUACAGAAAAGAUAAUUGAUACACCAUUCUUAUGUAUAUGUACUGUAGCUGAAUUAAAGACUGUGUAUACAAUUAA